GCUAAACUUCGCAUAUUUAAGCUACAACUUGCGCGUUGGAAAGACUACUUGUUCAAAGACACCGAAUAAGAUUAGACGGGCGCACAUCGUGAUGAAGAUCCGAAAUUUUCUCGCAGCCGGGAUGACAGUCUUGAGACCAGAGAUUCCAAACCGGCAUAUUUAUUCCAUGUUUUCUUUUGGAGACUCCUAUACUACGACCAGUUUCAACUCAUCUGCCGUCCAACCUUCUCCUGAUAAUCCGAUGGGUAAUCCUGAGCUAGGGCAAGGAACUGCAACCGACAACGUCAACUGGGUUGGCUACAUGACAACCGUGUAUAACAAAUCUGUUGUCCUGAACUAUAACCUGGCUGUGUAUGGUGCCACAGUGAAUGAUUCGGUCGUUGACAACGAGCCUGAAGAUCUAGUGUAUCAAAUUUCGAAUGACUUUCGCAGCCAUUACUGCCUGUCGUCAUUUGCAUCUAGUCCAAGGUGGAGCCCUGAUGCAUCUUUAUUCACAAUUUGGAUUGGAAUUAACGACAUCCAAUUCAGCUACCAAAAUACCGAUCCUUUUGGGAAAAUACCUCUUGUUCUCCAGAGUUACUUUCGUCUAGUAGAACAGCUCUAUGAAUGUGGCGCUCGCCGCUUUCUGAUUAUCAAUGUGCCUCCUACAACACGAACUCCGAAAAUGUUACUCUUUGAAAAUUGGCACCGAAAGAUACACCAGAGAGUAGUUACUUCUUUCAAUCGGCAAUUAGAGCAGGGCGUCUAUCAUUGGCGUAAACAGCAUAAAUCCGCAUCAAUGGUACUCUUUGAUUCAUGGUCAUUUAUGACAAAAAUUCUGGACAAUCCUAGGGAAUAUGGAUUUCUCAAUAGUGACUGUAUCGGUGAUCGGUGUAUCUGGUGGGAUGGAUACCAUCCUAGUUCUGCUUUCCAUCGACUUCUUGCUGCAGACAUCCGGACGCAGCUAGACUUGGAAGUCGGCUCUAUUUCACUAGCUAGUGUGUAAUUACUGUAUAUAACUGUAUAUAACUGUAUCUAACUGUAAAUUUAUAAUUUUGAAA